CGGCCGCGGAGGAGCGCGGGGAGGGCGAGGGGAGGAGGAGGCGCCCGCCCUGUUCCCUGCAAAGCGGCCUUAUUUAUCUGGGCACAGCCUCAGCCUCCCCGGCGGGAGGCUCGGGGCGGCCGAUCCUCUCCCGCUGGGGAGCUCCUCUCCGUGCGCGGCCAAGGGGGCCCGGCCAGGCCGGGACGCGGGGCGCGGGGCGCGGGGCGCAGGGCGCGGCCGGGCCCUGCCGGCCAGUCCAGCACCCCAGCGGCCCCCGCGUGCGCCGACGCCCGUGCCGGGCUCCCCAUGACGGGAGGUCGCCCGGCGGACAGCGUGGCAUGAGCCAGGAGCCCGGGCCGAGAGCGUGCCAGGAAGAUGUCGAGCCCGGGUAUCGACGGGGACCCCAAGCCUCCAUGCUUGCCUCGAAAUGGCCUGGUGAAGCUGCCAGGCCAGCCCAACGGCCUGGGUGCGGCCAGCAUCACCAAGGGCACGCCAGCCACCAAGAACCGCCCCUGCCAGCCGCCACCCCCACCCACCCUCCCACCACCCAGCCUGGCUGCCCCACUGCCCCGGGCUGCCCUGGCCGGGGGCCCAUGCUCCCCUGCAGGUGGACCGGCCUCAGCCUUGGCACCUGGGCCCCCAGCAGAGCGGCCGCCGCUGGCCACGGACGAGAAGAUCCUCAAUGGGCUCUUCUGGUACUUCUCGGCCUGCGAGAAGUGUGUGCUGGCCCAGGUGUGCAAGGCCUGGCGGCGCGUGCUCUACCAGCCCAAGUUCUGGGCAGGCCUCACGCCGGUGCUGCAUGCCAAGGAGCUGUACAACGCGCUGCCUGGCGGCGAGAAGGAGUUCGUCAACCUGCAGGGCUUUGCCGCCAGAGGCUUCGAGGGCUUCUGCCUGGUUGGCGUCUCUGACCUGGACAUCUGCGAGUUCAUUGACAACUAUGCGCUCUCCAAGAAGGGUGUCAAAGCCAUGAGCCUCAAGCGCUCCACCAUCACGGACGCAGGCCUCGAGGUUAUGCUGGAACAGAUGCAGGGCGUGGUGCGUCUGGAGCUGUCCGGUUGCAACGACUUCACCGAGGCCGGGCUGUGGUCCAGCCUAAGCGCCCGCAUCACCUCACUGAGCGUGAGCGACUGCAUCAACGUAGCCGACGACGCCAUCGCGGCCAUCUCGCAGCUGCUGCCCAACCUGGCGGAGCUGAGCCUGCAGGCCUACCACGUGACGGACACGGCGCUGGCCUACUUCACUGCGCGCCAGGGUCACAGCACACACACGCUGCGCCUGCUCUCCUGCUGGGAGAUCACCAACCACGGCGUGGUCAACGUGGUGCACAGCCUGCCCAACCUCACUGCGCUCAGCCUCUCGGGCUGCUCCAAGGUCACCGACGACGGCGUAGAGCUCGUGGCCGAGAACCUGCGCAAACUGCGCAGCCUCGACCUCUCGUGGUGCCCACGCAUCACUGACAUGGCGCUGGAGUACGUGGCCUGCGACCUGCACCGCCUGGAGGAGCUCGUGCUGGACAGGUGUGUGCGCAUCACGGACACUGGCCUCAGCUAUCUGUCCACCAUGUCGUCCCUCCGCAGCCUCUACCUGCGAUGGUGCUGCCAGGUGCAGGACUUCGGGCUGAAGCACCUCCUGGCCCUGGGGAGUUUGCGCCUGCUGUCUCUGGCAGGCUGCCCGCUGCUCACCACCACCGGGCUGUCGGGCCUGGUGCAGCUGCAGGAGCUGGAGGAGCUGGAGCUGACCAACUGCCCGGGCGCCACCCCCGAGCUCUUCAAGUACUUCUCGCAGCACCUGCCCCGCUGCCUCGUCAUCGAGUAGCGCGGGGGCCCCCGCCCCGGUCGCGGGAACCCGGCCAUGACCUGGGCGGGGGCGCCGGGCGCCGCCAAGCCCCCUCUUCCCGCCCUGCACUGGGGGAGCCCCCGCGCCCCCGCGCCCCAGGGCCAGCGCGGGAGGCGGGACGAGCCGAGGGAAAGCCCCGCCCCGGCCCUCGGCCCCUCCGCCCUCCCGGCCCCUUCCUGGGCGGGGGGCGGCGAGUGGGCCCGCCCGGGCCCGCCCCACGCACGCACGCACACUCGGGGACUUUGUGCAUGCCCCUCGUGCCCGCACUGCACGCCGCCCUCCGCCACGCCACAGCCGCCGCCAUCACUCGCUCGCCCGCCCGCUUGGGGGACGGGGCUCGGUCCUUGGGGGGCGCUUUGAGCCCUCCAGACUGUGCCCUUACCGCCUUCCCCGCCACAACCGCUCUGUCUCCCCACUGUCCCCCCCAUCCCGGGCAGGGCCCAGGGGGAUUGAGGGGGCUGGGUCCCCCAGGACACGGGGCCCGGAAGAGCCCCAUGGGCUUCCUGCAUCUUCCACUGCACCAUGCCUGGAGCCCUCCGAGGGGGGUCGGGGAAACCGGCCACCGCCAAAGCCAUGGCCUGCGCCGAGGAGCCCGAGCCCUACCCGCACCUCCUCACCCAUCCCGCCUGACCCAGGCGGCCUCCCGUCCUCCUUGCCACUGUGAGGGGCAGUCCCCUGUCCGCCCCCCAACCCGGCCUUGGCCCCUGGCCAGGCUGAGACAGAAUUGGGCAGGGAGAGGGUGGAAGGGCUGGCGAUCACCUUGGAGUCAUCAGCAUUAGCCCAGCGGACUCCGUCCGCCUCACCCCAGGGUGGCACAGGCACCUCGAAGGCCCCCAAGUUGGAGUAGCCCUCAGGGCUCUCAGGCCCCGGGAGAGGCCUGGGCCAACCCCACACCUCAGUCCUUGGACCUGGCCAGGCUCAGUUCCGGCCUGGGCAUCGAGCUUCACCCCGGGCGGGUCUCCUCAGGUGGAGUCUGCAAAGUGGACCCAGCGAAGCUUGGGCCAGGGUCAGCACUGACCAGCGACUCCAAUCUUCCAGUGGCCAGCACACCCUAGACACCCCGAGGAGGGAGGGCUCCUUUCUAGCCUCCCCCAACUCCACCCCUCCCCAGCUUCCCAAACUUCUGCCUGCCCAAACGGGCUCUGACCGUGCUCUGUCGCCCCAGACAUUUGGAAGUCCUGGGGAAUGCUGGCAAACCUCGGCCAUCGCCGAGGAGGGGGCUGGGACCCCUUCCCAUCCCAACCUUGAGCCCCAGGAGAUUCAGCGCCCACACCCAAUCUUGGGACACUCCCUAUCUGGUUGGAAGAGAGUAACCAGUUUCCAGAGAGCCAGAGAGUGAGAGAGAAAGAGAGUGAGAGAGAGAGAGAGAGAGAAAGAGAGAGAGAGAUGCUGUUGAAUCAGAAACAGUUCAACAGCCCAAAGAUUUUCCUGUCCCUGGAGUGCCGGCCCCAGGAAGCUCCAGGGCUGAGUGGUCAGGAGCCAGUUUCUCCAGCCCCUCCUCCCCACAACCCCUGGUGGGGAAGGGCAGCUGCCCAUUUGCCCAAAGUAUUAAUGCAACUGAAGCUGUGAUAUUUCCAACGACUGUAGGUGGAAAAAUUAAGGGGAGAGAGGAAAAACAAAACCAACCAACCCCUAAAAUCAUUUUCUUAUUGUACAUAACGACCUCAUUCUCCUGUAUAUGCGGAAGAUAUAACCUUAUAUUUGGUAAGUGUUUCUUGUGCUAUUUUAUCACGUGACCUGUUUAUAAAAAUAUAUAUUAAAAAAGUUGUAAAAA